AUGAAGGGCAAGCCGGCACUGCAGUGAAUGCCAUGACCUAAGAUCACACCACCUUCAUUUCAUCUUGGCUCAUCCCCGGCCAGACACAAAUAGCACCAGGGACUGUGCCAAGCAUCACGUGAGAGGAGGAGGAUGCAAAGUGUCUCUGGCUUGUGACUUCUCUUGUGCUGAUUUCCCAGAUGCCCAGAGAGAAGCCAGCCAUGCCCUUGUCCCCAUAUCCUGCUCACAACACCUGCUUGACUCAGCUGUUCUGCUACCGAAAAUAGAGCAGAUGCCUCCCUGGAAGACAAGAUCUAGAGAGCAACUCUGCUUUUCUGCUGUGUGAAACAGAGCCAAGACCGCCCUGCAAGACAGGAUCUCUGUCCCAGAGUGACUCUGCAUUUCUGCCAUAUAACGCACAGCGGACACCCCGCUGGGAGGUGGGAUCUCUCUCGACUCUCGCAGACCCUGGGAGAUCCUGGGAUUCGGUAGCAAUGGCCACUGGCGACAAAUACACGGCUAUACGCACCAAACGCAAAGAGCUGAUAGGAAUCAUUCAGAGAGACCCCGAGAGCGUCUUGGAUGAGUUACUAGCCCAGUCCGUCAUCACCGAGGAGGAGUAUGACAGCUUGAACCAGCUACAAGACAAAGCGGCCAGAAUUAGGAAGUUGCUGAUUUACAUCCAGAAAAGGGGGGAGUCGACCUGCCGAGACUUUCUGGAGUGUUUAGAAAUCUUAUUCCCAGGCACAAAUCGGCUUUUGCAACCUUCAGAAUAUGAUUUUUUCAAUCCAGAGCGAGAUUCACGCACUGUGCGAGACCCAGAACCACGGGAGAGAGAUUUUUUCAAUCCAGAACACCAUACAGAGCUGGAGGAAGAAGACGGUUUCAGUCCAAAGCAGGAACUGGAGACUCAGCGAGACUCUGAGCCAGAGAAGAAAGAUGGUUUCAAUCCAGAGCCCGAUCCACAGCUGGAGGAGGAAGACGGUUCAAAUCCAGAGAAGGAAUCAGACAUUGAGCCAGAUCUGGAGACAGGUGGUUCAGAUUUGGAGCAGGAAUCAGAGACUCAGCGAGAUGAAGAGCCCGAGGAGGAAGAUGGUUCAAAUCCAGAGCAAGAAUUAGAGACGGAACCAGACCCUGAGCCAGAAGGUUCAAAUUCAGAGCAGGAAUCGGAUACUCAGUGAGACCUAGACCUUGACGGAAAAAAACCAUCUCUCAAAAGAUGUGUCCUCAUAGGUGAUUCAUUCUAUAUCCAUUGAGUCCACUUUUGACUGCCAUGGGCUGCCCUUAGAGUUUCAACUGCUUAAAACCAUUAAUUCGCUCCAAGAGCCCACCGAUGGAGAAGAGCAAUUCCCUUGCUCUUGCCGGGACUGCAUUGUGAACUAGAAGAGGGAUCACUUUCUAGUGCUGUGUGUGAUCAGAGCAGCACCACGAUUUCUCAUCCAUCGGGACAUGAUGCCUGAGAAUGUCCCUCGGGAAACUGCAGACGGGCUGGUCGAGAUUUCCUGGUAUUUCCCUGCUGGGAGGGAGAAUUCAAAUGCACCCAUGUGAACCAUGAAUCCCAUCCAGUGCGAAUGGUCAGGAAUUUCAGGGCGCCGGCAGGACCGGUGGGAGGCCACAACCGUUUCUCUAGCUGUGGCUCUUGCAACUGGCAUCCAAGCCUUUGUCACCUCGCUAUCAGACCCGGUCGGACACGGCACAGAAUUCUGCACCUAAGCAGGAUGUCAUUUCACGAGCCAAACCUGUGCUCUCUGACCCAUAAUGGCUGCCAGUUGGUUCCCAGAUUGACUUCAAGAUCUUGGUUAAACUGCCAGCUGGCGUAAGACCUACCAAUUAAUAGCUGUUUCUCUCCCUGUGAUAUCUGCUGCCAUAUCCACCCUCUGCCUAGGUCCCUUCUCACCCAGAGCUGGGAAGCUCAGAUCCAUUCUGCAGUGGUUCCCUCGCUUGUCCAACGGUGGUGAAUCUUUCCUCUCCAGGGCCUCAUUCUUAUCUCUUCUUCUGGCUGCUUCCUUAUAUUUUACCAUCACUCCCUAGAUGCAGCCCCCUUGCACGUUCUUCACUGGAUGUCACAACUGUCAUGUGGCCCAAAUACCCAUUUUAUUAGCCCCAUCUGAAGCCCUUCACCAUCCGACCCACCCAAAAGAAUUGGGUGACACUGGCCAAUUUCCCCAUCUCCCUCUUCAUCCCAUUAUUCUCAGCCUGUAAUAAAUAUAGUGAAUAACUCCAGCCCUAUUGACCCCACCCCUGGCACACACUCUGAUGGAGGUGAGGUUGCGUCUUCAAGUCAGUUCGAUAAUUUGCACUCACUGCUCCUACGGAGGGGUCGAGGACGAGCUCCAGAACUGCUCGAUGCACAGUGGCAGUCAAAAAGGUUAACCAUGUGUCAGGGACUAUUAGGAAAGAGAUAGAAAAAUAAGACAGAAAAAUAUCGUCAUGCCACUACACAAAUCCAUGGGUUCAGAAAAGAGCAACCAAGAUGAUCAAGGGCAUGGAACAGCUUCCAUAUGAGAAGAGACUAAAAAGAUCAGAGCUGUUCAGCUUACAAAAAGAGACAACUAAAGGGGGAUAUGAUGGAGGUCGAUAAAAUAAGGAACAGUGUGGGAAAAGGGAACAGAGAAAGUACCCUUUCCCACAACACAAGAACCUAGGGUCACCCGAGGAAAUUAACAGGCAGCAGGUUUAAUACAAACAAGAGCUAGUAUUUUUCCCACGCAACACACAAUAAACCAGUGGAACUCAUUGCCACAGGAUGUUGUGAUGGCCAAAAGUAUAACUUGAGUUAUUUCAAAAAACAACUGGAUAAGUUCAUGGAGGAUAGGUCCAUCAAUGGCUAUUAGCCAAAAUGGUCAGGGACACAAUCCCAUGCUUGGAGCCACCCUAAACCUGUGACUGCAAGAAGCCAGGAGUGGAAGACAGAGCUGGAUCACUCCAUAAUUGCCUUGUUCUGUACUCUCCAUGAAGCUCUGUUACUGGCCACUGUCAGAGACAGGAUACUGGGCUAGAUGGGCCUUUGGUCUGACCCACUAAGACAGCUCUUAUGUUUCGUAUGUAACCUCCCUCCUCUGAUGGGUACAAACCUUCUUCUGAUCUCCUGCCUCAGUUUAUUCCUGGCCAGUUUAUCCCCAUUUGUUCUUGGGCCGACAUUGUCCUUUAGCUUCAUUAGCUCUUUUCCCUCCUUGGUGUUUGGCCCCCUACGUAUGGGAUUUCCAGGGCAGUAUGUUGGGAGAAGACAAUUUCAUCACAUUUCUCCAUUGUCAGAAGAGCUGGGGUGGAAAGCCAAUAAGGCUGAAUAGAUCUAACUGAAACAAUGGCACAGCCAUCAGAGGGGCAUUAUCUUAGGGCUUGUGUACAUAGGGGAAAUAAUUCAGAUUAAGGUAGGGUGUGAAUUUAAAAGCAGAAUAGCUAUUCCUUAUAAACUCCAUGUGUGGACACACUUAAUCUGGAAUAAGGUACCCUUGUUCCAGAAUAAGCGUACUCCCACAUGGAGUGAAUCCGGAACAGUUAAUCAGGAAUAACUCCAUGUGUAGACAAGCCGUAAAUCUACAUGGGGACCGACUGAGGAAUAGCUGUUGAGGUUAAUGUUCCCAUAUAGACAAGCACUGAGAUGCUUUCCUUAUCUGGAGUUAACUGGGAGCAGGCUUCUGGGCUUGCUAAAACAAUGUAAAUGGGUCUGCUCCUGUAAUUGAAAAGUGAAGCUUACCUAACUUAGCUUGUAGUGAAGCAGAAGGUGGUUUGCCAGGA